CACCCCUCCUCCAGCAGAACAGGCUUUUAUCUCCGAUCCCACCGCAUCUCUUGGAAUUUUAAUUAGACCUAAAUCUACAUUCUUUAGAUUUGACGCGUCAGUCUGUUUAUUCUAACAGUGUCUUUUAUUGUAACCUUACUUGAUCUGUAUCAGGUCGUGUUUUGAAGAUAAGAUCCUGUUUGUUAUAGGACCAUUCGUUAUUUAUUGUACCUUCUUAUCCAACAUCAAUACACUCAGCGAUCAGUUGGUUUUGUGAGAGAAAAAAAUCGUCCGGACAUUUGUUUCUUUUUUACUGGAAAAGGAUUUUACGACCAUCCUGCCACAUCUCUACAAGACAGCAUGAAACAAACCGCUGCCAAAACGGAGAUGAGCCGUUUCAACAUCUCUCCUGAAGAAGACAGCUGCAGCUCCAACAGCAACGAGUACCCCUACCCCGACUGCCCCAAGAAGGUCCCUCUGGGCAGCCCUCUCUCUGACCUGGAGGCAGAGAGUCAAAACUUCCUCCCUGAACACAACCUGGGCAAGAAGAAGUAUGAGACUGAAUAUCACCAGGGCAAUGCUUCCUUUGGCAUGUCAGUCUUCAACCUGGGAAACGCCAUCAUGGGCAGCGGCAUCCUGGGUCUGGCCUACGCCAUGGCCAACACCGGCAUCGCCCUGUUUGUGAUCCUCCUCUCGUCCGUCGCCAUCUUCUCCUUGUAUUCUGUCCACUUGCUGCUAAAGACAGCCCACGAAGGAGGUGCACUGGUGUACGAGCAGCUGGGUUACAAAGCCUUCGGGAUGCCAGGGAAACUCGCUGCUUCUAUCUCCAUCACCAUGCAGAACAUCGGAGCCAUGUCAAGCUACCUCUACAUCGUAAAAUACGAGCUGCCCAUCGUCAUCCAAUCCUUUGUGGGAGAGAAUGGAGCAUGGUACACUAACGGAGACUACCUGGUGAUAAUGGUGACGUUCAUCAUUAUCCUGCCCCUGUCACUGCUAAGGAACCUGGGUUACCUUGGUUACACCAGUGGUCUGUCCCUUCUCUGCAUGGUGUUCUUCCUGAUUGUGGUGAUCAUCAAGAAGUUCCAGAUCCCGUGCCCCCUCCCCGAGGACAUGAACGCUCUGAAUGAGACGAUCAGCAAAGUUCUGAACACCACCCUGUCCCUACUGAACAACAGCGCCGUGGACUACAGCGAUGACCCCUGCACACCAAAAUACUUUGUCUUCAACUCUCAGACUGUCUACGCCGUUCCCAUCCUGACCUUCGCCUUCGUGUGCCACCCCGCCAUCCUGCCCAUGUACGAGGAGCUGAAAGACCGUUCCCGCCGAAAGAUGCAGAACGUGGCUAACGUGUCCUUCCUGUCCAUGUUCAUCAUGUACCUGCUGGCCGCCCUGUUCGGAUAUCUGACUUUCAACCUGCACGUGGAGCCCGAGCUGCUGCACACAUACUCCAAGGUCUACAAGGCCGACGUGCUCCUGCUGAUCGUGCGUCUGGCCGUGCUGACCGCCGUCACCCUCACCGUGCCCGUGGUGCUCUUCCCUAUUCGUACCUCCGUCAACCAGCUGCUGUGCGCCUCUAAGGAAUUCAGCUGGAUCCGCCACACCAUCAUCACCGUGGUGCUUCUGGCUUGCACCAACUGUUUGGUCAUCUUCGUCCCCACCAUCAGGGACAUCUUCGGCUUCAUCGGCGCCUCUGCUGCUGCCAUGCUCAUCUUCAUCCUGCCCUCGGCUUUCUACCUCAAACUGGUGAAGAAGGAGUCCAUGAAGUCUGUGCAGAAGAUUGGGGCCACUGCCUUCCUGAUAUUAGGCUUCGUGGUGAUGACCGGCAGCAUGACCCUCAUCAUCCUGGACUGGAUCCACAACGCCACAGCCGGCGCAGUCAAACACGGAGACGGACACUAAAGAGAGGAGACUGCUGCGACUGCAACCAACAAAAGAUGGAGAAUACUGUAAGAGUAGGAAAAACACAAGAACUCACUCGAUGCUCAGCUUCCACUUCCUGAGACACCAACCAUGCCAUUCCAAGAGAAUGUAUCGAACUUUGUACAGUAUGCUGUUUUAGGCCACAAAGAUGGUGUUUUACUUGGUUUUUCUCCUUUUAAUGUAACUUUCUUUGAGUGUCGUUUUGAUUUUCGCUCUUUUGUAGUUAUGGCACAGCUGAGAACAAAUAUUUGAAGGUGCCUCAAAGCAGAGAUAGUGGUAGAGUUCAAACGCGGCUGACACACUGGUACGCCGUUGUGUGCGUGUGUGUGGCUGUGACCCCCGACUCGUCCUGCUGAGAAACUCCCCGAGAUGUACAGGAGGCAGCAGACCUGAUGUUCGUCUUCCUCCAGGAUGAAUACGUUCCUUCCAACGUUUGUAGUUUGUUUUUUCCCAUUUGCCAAAAAUGUGUUUGUUAAGCAUCUUUGUAUAUUGAGAAGCACUUACUGUUCAGCACACUUGUGGAGAAAAAACAGACAGGGGCAAGGCCUACUACAUUGCCUUUUCAGUAUUGGUACCAAGGCUCUGUGAACUUGCUUAUUGUGUCAGGUUUCCUAGUAAAAGCAUUAUGAGUGAACAGAACCUGCCCGACACUGGGAGCUGAGAGUGCCUCACAAGAGGACUCUCUGCAAAUGAUUUACUCUGUAUAACCUGCUGAAGAUGGACACUACUGCUUUGAGUCCUGGAGGCCGCCCAGCCUUCAGGAGCAACAUUAACAUUUUUUUCUCUAUGGAAGAAUAUUUUGCAUUUUACCACAUGCCGUGGUUGUAAUAUACCUGUUAAACUUGCAAGAACAAAAAAACUAAAACGAAAGUCAGGUGUGCUCUGGAUACUGACAACCAAACAACAGAGAAAGCAAAGGAGAGUGUCUGUCACAACAUUUGAAGUGUUUUGCGGGAAAAAAAUGAGAUAUUUCAGAACUUGAAAACUCGACGUGGAUUUGUUUGCCUGUUGAGAUGUGAAUCUGUCAUCUGACACUGUGCUUCCAGCGUUAACUGUACACAUCACCAUACUGUUAUUGUCCAACAUCUAUUUAUGGAAGACCGUGAAAUCAAUGUAAUUUAAUCUAUUUUACUAUAUUUAUAUAAUAUUGUAUGUACAUAUAUAUAUAUGUAUAUAUAUAUAUAUCUAUUGAGUUCAACUGUAUAUACGCUUUGUUUUGUUUGAACUUUCUUUUUUUUACAAUAUUGCAUUGGAGCUGUAAAACAAAAGCGAACCCCCCCACCCCGCUGGUGAAUCUUUGAUAUUGAAACACUGUUGCUCUCUAUAAAGACUGACUGAAUGAAGACUGUGCUACAUGUGAAGCCACCGAUACAACAGCAGCAAACUCGUGUCCUUUUUGGCCCCGUGACACAGAGCCAGUUCAGCGAAAUGUUCUUUAUGCACAUCGUGGUUGUAGAGAACGUCAGCCGUCUCUGGACCUCAGGAGCAAAGAGGGCUUUGCCCACCAGUGUUACACUCUUGUUUCAAUGAAACACUAUGUAUAUGCUGUAAAUAUUGUCCAAUUAAAAUAGAUGAAGAUAAUCUAAUAACACCUUG